AUGGAGGGUAAUGGCGGUGCUAGGGCUGGAGAUGGAGGUGCAAGCGUUGACGCUGUGAUGCCAUGGAGAAGUCUGUGUGACGACAUUCUCGCCGCAUACAAGGCAAAGCAGGACAUUGUUGUACUGCAACGCUUUGAGGAGCUUCAGGCGAUGCCUGAACUUGACCUCCUUCUCGAGGUGUCUCGCCGAUGCGAAACAACAACAGGAGCGCCCAUCAAGACGUCAAUGAAUGGGGACAUACACGACAACACAGCCGCCACUGCGGUGGCUGUUAACGCGGAUGCGUUAGAAAAGGUGGAGUUCUGCUGGGGACGCGCGCUGCUUGCAGCGAAACGACUUGCGGGAGAUGAUGAUGAGCAUAUUGUUACAAUUGUGGAGGCCUUUGAGCAGCGGUUUGAGCGCCCAUCUGAGUACCUGCGUGUCCUUGCCAUCACUGCGGACAGUGCACUGGAGGUCUUGCAGCUGCACCAGCUAGUGGAGGGGAGCAUUUCUGCCAGUGCCAUCACGGCCGCACUGCACAUGUUCCCUUCUCUUACUGCGGAUAGAACACGUGAGCUGCUGGAGUUUCUGCGCAUCAAUGAUGUCUCCCUGACGAACGAAGUGUCGGAGCAGCUGGAAAAGCAUUUUGUAAUGCGCAUGAAAACAGAAGACGCAGAGGAUGUCUUUCAAGAGAUGUGUUCUGUCGGCGUUAAGCCCAUGUCUACGCGACCAUACAACCUUAUCUUUAUGAAAUCCACUCCAUUUAGGUAUAUGAGUCCGGUUGAAUAUUACCUCGACAUGCUUGACCGCGGCAUUGCACCUGAGAACUCGACGUUCCGUAUCCUCAGUAAGCAGACGCAGAAUGAUGGAUUCACCAACCAGCAUUUUAGGUCGCUUGCUUGGGGGAACGCAACGUCAGGUCGGCGUCGCGACGAGGAUGAACGUGGUGGCACACAACUUUUCUUUGCCAUGACCUUGGAAGAUCUGGCAAAAUCUAAGCCAGAGGCAACGUUGGAGGAGGCUCUACGCGUGUUUUACCGUAUGGAUGUGGAAGGCACCCCACUCACUAAUGGAUCCCCUGUGGUUAGUGCAUUAUUAACACACUUUUGUCGUCAAGGUCACUUGGAGGAUGCUGAACGCGUACUACUAAUGUCGCAGGAGCGUGGUUUUCGACCGACCAGCUUGACAGUGCAGCAGUUGCUGAGAGGAAACAACCCCGAUCGUUUUAACCAUGCAGAAAUGGUACUACAACAAGUGGUGGAGGCAGGUGAGGUGAUUCAAGUAGAAUGUGUUGAACUUCUACGUUACUUUGUCGCAGAGAAGAUACGUAGCAAAGCUGUGCGUGUAUUACGUGCCUUUGUUAUUCAAGGGUAUCAGCAUCCGAGUGAAUCAAUUCCCUUUGCCAUAGCAUCUAUGGCAAUGAAGUUAGGUCCUUUUGACUGGGCUUUGGGUGUGCUGGCUGUUCUGCUUGCCACCACUGACAAGCCUGUUGGAAGGGGUGUUCAGUCACGUAUUCGUUACACUGCUCACGAUAUUCGUAGUCGAGAGCUUCUUGCAGUGCUAGAGAAAUGUGACUGGAAACGUGAACGUCUUCUUUCCGCAGCUGAACUUCAAGAACCCGAAAGUAACAACGGUAACAGUGGAGCUAGUGAUGGUGGUGGGGCUGCCUGGGUGAAUCCCAGGAACCAUCAUAGACCAGAUCGGGGUCUGUCUUGGUUGGGGGCGAUGCACAUUGCGCUGAAGGAGAUGUGUGUGGGGUCCGAGGUCCUGGAGGCCUACAAGAAAACCCUUCUACAGGCCAUUGAGAAGGCGAAGGAAAACUGCGGCAGUACUGUGACCGGUUGA